CCCUAUGCAUCACAUGGGUUUGAACCACUUUAGGGGGGUAAUUGGCCGGGGACAUGCCUACACCGUGUCCACAGUUAAACCUGCUUGGAAUGCCUCCACUGAUAAUCCUCGGUUUCAUGUUGAUGCGUUUCGUGCCCAGCCACCAACAGUUCCCCCGCCCGUGUGCCACCCGGGAGGCCCUGCGCGCCAAGGAGUGCUGCCCGCCGUGGGCCGGGGACGGCUCGCCGUGCGGGGCCAGCUCGGGCCGGGGCUCCUGCGGGGACGUGGAGCCGCCGGAGCAGCCGCACGGGCCGCAGUACCCCUUCUCCGGGGUGGACGACCGGGAGCAGUGGCCCCUGGUGUUCUACAACCGGACGUGCCAGUGCGCGGGGAACUUCAUGGGCUUCGACUGCGCGGACUGCAAGUUCGGCUACUCCGGGCCGACCUGCCAGGAGAGGCGAGAGUCGCUCAGGAGGAACGUAUUCCACCUGUCCAGGGCCGAGAGGGCGCGACUGCUGGCCUACCUGAACUUGGCCAAGCAGACGGUGAGCGCGGACUACGUCGUGGCCACGGGCACCUACGCGCAGAUGGAGAACGGCUCCAGGCCCAUGUUCGCCGACGUGUCCGUGUACGACGUGUUCGUGUGGAUCCACUACUACGUGUCCCGGGCCGCGCUGCUGGGCGCGCCGGGCGACGUGUGGACCGACGCGGACUUUGCGCACUGGGCGCCCGCGUUCCUGCCGUGGCACCGCGUCUACCUGCUGCACUGGGAGCGCGAGAUCCGGCGGCUGAGCGGGGACGCGGACUUCUCCAUCCCGUACUGGGACUGGAGGGACGCGCGGGGCUGCGACGUGUGCACGGACGAGCUGAUGGGGGCCCGCAGCGGCCCGGACCCCGCUCUGCUCAGCCCGGGCUCGGUCUUCUCGUCUUGGAGGGUCCUGUGCUCCAGAGCGCAGGACUACAACGACGGGGGCGUGCUGUGCGACGCCACGCAGGAGGGCCCGUUGCGUCGCAACCCUGGAGGCCACAACCGCAACGUGACCGAGCGCUUGCCGACCUCGGCCGAGGUGGAGUUCACCCUGGGCCUGACCGACUACGACGCCGGGGCCAUGGACCGCAGCGCCAACAUGAGCUUCAGGAACACGAUGGAAGGAUUUGGGGAUCCUCGGACCGGGUUAGGAAGCAGCUCCCGUAGGUACAUGCACGCCGCGGUCCACGUGUUCAUGAACGGGUCCAUGUCGUCAGUGCAGGGCUCAGCGAACGACCCCAUAUUCCUCCUCCACCACGCUUUUGUUGACAGCAUUUAUGAGGAGUGGCUCCGGAGGCACCGGCCGUCUCCGUCCCAGUAUCCAGAGUCGAACGCUCCGAUCGGGCACAACGGCGGAUACCACAUGGUGCCCUUCCUGCCCCUCCACAGAAACAGGGAGUUCUUCAUUUCCAGCAAGGAGCUUGGAUACGAAUACUCCCACCUGCUGGACGCCAACCAGCGGCUGGCGGAGUCCAUGCGUCCUUACCUGGAGGCGCUGCGGGACGCGUGGCCCUGGCUGCUGCUCGCCGGGCUCUCGGGGGGCGUCGUGGCGGCGGUCACGGCUGCUGCCCUCCUCACUGCGAAGCGGCGAUGCCGGGGGUCACCUUGGCUGCACGGGGAGAAGUGGAAAGACUUGUUUGCUCGCACGGAAAGAGAGCCACUUAUCCUGAGCGGCGACGGCAACGACGAGGAAGCCGGCCACCGAAACUACCGAACCGCCAUGUGAGCGCACAGCGGGCUCCGUACGGUGACGAACACAACUUAUAAUAUCAAAGUUCUUAUGACUCUUCUACAGUAUGUCGACCUCUGGUUUUAAAAGGUGCUAUAUAAAUAAAGUUUAUUAUCGUUAUUCGCA